AUGGAAGAAUCUCAUUUCAACUCCUCCCCCUACUUCUGGCCAGCGGUGCCCACCGUCUCAGGACAGAUUGAGAACACCAUGUUUAUUAACAAGAUGAAGGAGCAGCUAUUGCCCACAGAGAAGGGCUGCAGCCUGGCUCCUCCCCACUACCCUGCCUUGCUGACAGUACCCACCUCUGUGGCCCUCCCCACUGGUAUCUCCAUGGACUCGGACACCAAGCCGGAGCAGCUGACACCACACAGCCAGGCCCCCGUGACUCAGAACAUCACCGUGGUACCAGUGCAGUCUGCUGGGCUCAUGACAGCAGCCCUCCAGGUGGUUCCUGACCUGUCCAAGAAAGGGACGACCACCCUCUCUGAAGGUGGUGGGGGUGGCGGGGGUGGGGGAGUUGCCCCCAAACCUCCCCGGGGCCGAAAGAAGAAGCGAUUGCAGGAGUCGGGGCUGCCAGAGAUGAGCGACCCCUUUGUGCUGUCAAACGAGGAUGAUGAGGACCAGCACAAGGAUGGCAAGACAUACAGGUGCCGGAUGUGUUCGCUGACCUUCUACUCCAAGUCGGAGAUGCAGAUCCAC